UGCCUCUUUUGCCAAACACUUCAUAAUUUACUUUGGAAAGGAAAAAACCUCCCCACAAAAAUGUCGACAACAACAUCAUCAUCGUCAGCUUUCACGCUGAUCUGUCUUCUCCACUCAGCGAUCGCCUUGUCGAGCGGCGCACUCAUGAUGUUCAAAAUGAAGGAAAUCUACACCUUCACCCACGGGAUCGAGACCGCCACGAAGCUCAUGGGCUCUACCCCACACGAUCAGCUCUUGAUCCGGACAUCCGAUUCUUUCUCGGGUUUGCUCCUAUUCGCGAUCGGCUUCUUGCUGUUCAUGGUCUCUUUUGUCAAAGACAGAAGCUUUCAAUCCUUCUUUGCCAAAGGCUGCACGGUCUUGCAUGUUAUGGUAGCGAUAUGGAGAUUCUGGUUCGAGAGAAGGGUGGAGGAUUUGGCUUGGGAUUGGCUUAGGCAAACAGUUGGCGACAUUUUAUUGGCUCUCUCCUGGGUCUUCUUUUUGGUUUACUCUUGGAGAGAAAAAUGCUGGACAAGUUGGAAGUGUCGUAACCUCUGCUCCUUUGAGGAAUAUCACUUGAUCCGUUUUCAAGUAUAGAAUGAGGCGAGGGAAAGCUACCAUGAUUUCCUGUCACCA